CUUCUUCAUUUUCUCUUCUUGUGUUUUUUUCUGACACUCCACACAAAACCUCUUCUGUAAGCUAAAUAAUUGAAACAGUCAAUUGAAAUGCUGCAAAUUAUUCUGCUUCUCCUGCCUGGUGUUGUCAGUGAACAGUGGGGGGUGAUUUAUCCUCCUUCGAUCUGUGCUGCGAGGGGAUCCAAUGUCACUGUUAACUGUAGAUUUAUUUAUCCACAUGAUUAUGACAUAAAGCAAGUGCGAUGGUGUUCAAUGACAUCAAGCUAUGGCAAAUGUUAUAUUCAGCCAUAUGUUUAUGAUAGUGAAGCAAACGAUAAUCAAAACAACUUUCAGUACAUUGGAGACAAAACCUCAGAUUGUUCACUUUUGAUCAGUAAUAUUAAUCAAUCACAUUCUGGAGAGUAUAAAUUCAGAUUUAUAACCGAUAAGAAAGAUGGACGUUGGACAGGUGAUCCUGGAGCAAGUAUUUCAGUACACGAUUUAAGAGUGUCCAUGUGGAGGUCAAGAGCAAAUGGAAGCACAAUACCUGGAGACUCUUUGAAUUUGACAUGCACACUCAACUGUUCUGGUAAUUUAGCUGAGGUUCAGUGGUUUAAGAAUGGUGAUCCAAUUCAACAGUCAGAGCCCGUCCUCACUUUCAGCAGAAUAACUGCUAAGUCUGGGAAUUACUCUUGUUCUUUUAAAAACUUUAAAACAACUUUGUCUGAAGAAUUUACUAUUUACAUUGAAGGUUUGGUUGAACUGAUAAAUAUUUGUACAUUUUCAUAUCUAAACAAUCCUAUUCAUAUUUGA